AUGUCUCGACGCGCGACCCCGGGCCAGGCUGCUCAGAACCAGCAGACAAUCAAGAGUUUGCUGAAACUCGAGUCCAACAAGAUCUGUGCCGACUGCAAGCGCAACAAGCAUCCGCGAUGGGCGUCAUGGAACUUAGGUGUCUUUGUUUGUAUCCGGUGCUCUGGCAUUCACCGUGGAAUGGGCACACACAUCAGUCGGGUCAAGUCCGUGGAUCUCGAUACCUGGACCGAUGAGCAAGUCCAGAGCGUGGUGAAAUGGGGCAAUGGGCGAGCAAACAAAUACUGGGAAGACAAACUAGCACCCGGCCACGUUCCAUCUGAUGCUAAGAUCGAAAACUUCAUCCGCACCAAGUAUGAAUCCAAGCGCUGGGUGAUGGAUGGACCGAUGCCAGACCCUUCGACUCUUGAAGGUGACGAUGACGAUGUGCCUCUCGCGGUUGUACAGGAAAAGGCUAAGAUCGAACGUUCCGCUUCUCAACGAGUCGCACCGAGUCAACCCCCAUUGCAGCGCCGCCCACAACCGUCGAUCGAUCUGUUUGGUGACGAUAUAUCUCCCCCAGUGCGUCCCAGCACUACCGAACCCACCCCUCGUCCGCCACCCAAGUCCUCUCAGCCUGUGCCACAGCUAAAGACUCAGAAACCUGGUGAUUCAUUGCUUGGCCUCGACUUCUUUGGCAGCACCCAGCCAGCUGCGGCCAACCGCCCAACGAGCACUGCAUCUACACCUGCCGCACCCAGUGGCAUGUCGCGGCCGGAUUUGAAGCAGUCAAUUUUGUCCUUGUACGCGAAACCUCAGCCUGCUCCCAUUCAGCAUGAGCGGAACAACUCCUUCGGUGAUAUGGCCUAUCCAGCGGGCCCGUCCGCAUCUUCCAACAUGGGCGGCUUGACAGACGCUUUCAGUGGCCUGAGCUUCCCUUCCACUACCUCCCCUCCCCCGGUUAAGCCGGCUGAGAAGCCAUCUCCUUUCGCCAAUCUUACGAGCUUCUCGAACAUGAAGUCCACCCCCGCUGCUCCCAAAGUCACUUCGCCCUCGGGAUCGGCCAGCAACGACCUGUUUGAUAGCCUGGCCUCCCCCACUAUGUCUGCACCUAAGCCUCAGUCUCGAACAACAUCUAUUUCCUCGAACUCACAAGAUUUCGGCUUUGGCGGGUUUGCCUCACCUCCUCCGCCCAAGCCCUCCAAGCCAAACCCCCCGUCGUCAUCUCUUUCUAACGACCUCUUCGGCCUCUCUUCCCCGCCCCCUGCUCCGGCGGCGCCACCUAAGCCCAAUCCUGUCUCCCCGCAACAGGAGAUGAGCUCUGCGUUCAACCUCUCUUCCCCCUCUUUCCAGCCUCCUAUGCCCCCUAAGCCACAGGCCCCCGCUGCCACCGUUGCCGCUGCGGGCAUCAUGGAUCCUUGGGGUGGUAAUGCUUGGAGCACACCUGAGCCUGCCCCAGCACCAGUUGCUUCCCCACCUGCUGCCUCUAGUGCAUCUAUGAUGAAACUUCCCGACACACUGACUGCCAAUGAUAUUGGAGGUGGUUGGGGUAUGCCCAGUGCGGCAUCCAAGCCGACCCCGGCCGUGGCUGCUGAUGAAGACUUUGGCGGAUGGACCAGCGCUGCUCCCGUCUCCUCUGGAACUACUACGACCUCUCACAACUCAUCCAAGCCGGCAGGCGGGUUUGGUGGAUCUGACGACCUCUUCUCCAAUGUAUGGGAGUAA